CCUGCUAGUGUGUGAUCCACAACGCGCCGUAAGGUAGCUACCUGAAAAACCUGAAGCGGGAUUUAUUUUUGUUUUCAAUAGCUUCAUUGUCGAUGUUUUCUCUCAAAUAAAGAUCGUUUUUGAAACCGCCCGUCAGAGUUUUGCACAACCGCAAUCGAGCAGUGUAAAAAUAAGUGUUGAUAGAGGCAGAAGUUGCACAUUUAACAGCAGCGGCAUCGGUGGUACAAGCAAGUAAAACAAAAUGCAGCGCUUUGUAGUGUUCGUCGCUCUGAUAGGCCUCUCUAUGGGUCAGUUCCCCAACGGAAGGAUACUGGAAGCACCGAACCCACACCUGUGCGCGAACCGUAUUAUCCACGAGCGAGCUCCCGAUGGAAAGGGCUAUUUCUUCUCUUGGCGUGACCCUACUCUACAAGGCGCUGAGAAAGACUGGCUAGAUGCGAGAAACUACUGCCGGCAGCGGUGCAUGGACAGCGUGUCCGUCGAAACAAGCCCCGAAAACGAAUGGAUCAAGCAGAAGAUCGUCGACGGAAAGCAAAAAUACAUCUGGACCAGUGGGCGGCAGUGUGACUUCAAAGGUUGCGAUCGUCCGGACCUGCAGCCGGUAGCAGUGAACGGCUGGUUCUGGACUGCCGAACUGCAGAAACUGGCACCGGCCAACGUGCGAAACCAAAACGACUGGUCCGAGAACGGAGGAAUCGGAAAACCGCAGCCGGACAAUCGAGAACUGCUCCAAGGUGGUGCUCCUGAGAAUUGUUUAGCUAUUCUGAACAAUUUUUACAAUGAUGGAGUGCACUGGCACGAUGUUGCCUGCCAUCACGUGAAGCCGUGGGUUUGUGAGGAAAACGAUGCCUUGCUGAAGUACGUCAAGUACACAAACCCCAAUCUACGCAUUUAGAUUCAUCAAGGAAAUGCUAAACGUCCUCAUGUUCUUAAAAUGUUCAACUUUACCGUUCUUCGCUAGGCUUUAACAAUUUUGUAUCAAAUGUCGUAUUAUCCUUUUCAUGCUAGUGCUGAACUACUACGGAUGUUACUGAUUUAAGUUUUUAUGCAUAAAUUAUAUUUGUACAUGCGCGUAAAACAUAAGACUUCACUGUUUUGAAAAAGCGUUUUCGACUGCCAGGUUUGAAUGAAACGUUCGUUUUUUAAUGUUUGUCAGUGAAAUGAUUGUAAGAUUUAAUCUCUAAUCUAUUUAUUAAAUAAAGUUUUAAAAUAAACUGAAA